CAUCGGACGAUCUAAUUGACAUUCCACAAAUUAAGACGCGGCACGAAUUCCUACAGCUUGGAUCGUUGCUUCUCAAUCCAAUUACAUCGAUCGCGAGAUGGCCAAGCAGAAGGUGGUGCUGAAGGUGUCCAUGGGAGACGCCAAGAAGCGUUCCAGAGCUCUCAGGAUCGCCGUCGGGUUGCCCGGCGUGGUGUCCGCGGCGCUGGACAACGACCGUCUCAUCGUGAUCGGCGACGGGGUCGACACCGUGGAGCUGGCCACUGUCCUCAGGAGGAAGAUGGGCGGCGCCGAGCUCGUCAGCGUCGGCUCAGCCGAAGAAAAUAAGAAAGAGGAGAAGAAAUCGCCGGCGGUGGAAGAGUCCGAUAAGAACGCUUGGCAGCCGACGCCGGCGAUCUCCUGGACUACGUACCCUGCAGCACCGCCGCCGUAUAACAAUUACCAUUACCGGUACCCUUAUGAAAUCACCCAGGCGGAUCGGGAGGACAAUUGUAGCAUCAUGUAGACAUUUGAUGUAGGAGCUAGAUCGGAGCUUCAAGAGAUCUACAAUUUGGGCUAAAAAAUUUUAUUCGGUUAAACUUAAAGACGGUGUCCGUGUUUGACGAUUGCUCGUGUCUUCUCUAAAAUUUCUCUGUAAAAAUCAAACCUUUAGAAUAAUCGUUAUUUUGUUCGGCAUUA